AUGAGCCACGACAAAGUCAAAGAAAUGCACGUUGCCAUUGUUGGCCUUGCCCUCGCUAUGGGGCUUUACAAGCAGGGGGUGCCUUUCACCGUCUAUGAAGCGGCGUCUCAAUAUUCUGUUGUCGGUGCUGGCAUAGGAUUCGGGACAAAUGGCGACCUGGCGUUGGACAUGAUCCAAGAGGGCUUUCGCCCUAAAUUCGACCGUGUCUGCGUCGGUAACAAGACUAAGGAGACCGAGAAUAUCUACUAUGAGGGACUAUUGCUUAAGGAGGGCCUUGGCCUCAAAGAGCCGUGGUACGGCAAAUCGUCCUGGGGCCACCCAGAAUAUAUCCGCAGAGCUGGACACCGGAAUGACGUCCUUCAAAUCAUGACCAGUUUCAUCCCAAUUGAAAAUGUUCGUUUCAACAAGCGCUUGACGGCGAUCACACAGGAAUCGGACAAAGCUGUCUUGACCUUCGCAGACGGCGAAACUGCCGAGGCUAGCGUGGUGGUCGGCGCAGACGGCAUCAAGAGCGCCGUGAGAGAGCAUGUGCUAUCGCCGUUGUAUCCCAGCGAGGUGGAACCGGUCUAUGCUGGCUCAUACUGCUACCGCGGGGUGAUCCCUACUGCCGAGGCCCAAGAAAUCUUCGGCGAUCUCACGGAUGUUGCCAAGAUGUACCUCGGUGACAGACGCGUUUGCAUCACCUACCUGAUUUCCGGCGGAGAGGAAUUGAACUUUCUGCUUUGCGUGGCAGACGGGAAGCCCUGGGAACUGAAGAGCGCCGUCACGCAGAAAGUCCGCUACGAGGCGAUGAUGGCUGAUUUCGAGGGCCCCGACAUCGACGACCGAUUCCGCCAGCUGCUCCGCAAAGCAAGCCCCAUCAAGUGGGGACUAUUCCACCACCGCUACACAUCGACGUACUUCCGUGAUCGCGUCGUACUUCUGGGCGACAGUGCCCAUGCUUCGCUGCCUUUCCAGGCCGCCGGCGCCGGCCAGGGCUUGGAGGAUGCCUUAGUCCUAUCGAAUGUGCUCGCCAAGAUUUGGCAGACUCCACGCAAGGAUGAUCUUCUGGAACCAUAUCUCCGUGCGGGAUUUGCUGGGUAUGAUGGGGUUCGAAGGCCGCGGGCCCAGAGACAGCUGGAACGGGCAUAUGAGAUGGGCCAGAUGAUCUAUCAACUGCAUCCGGAGACGGAGCGAGACAUGAAUAAGGUCCUGAGCAAAUUACAGCACGGAUGGUUCGAAUGGAUCUGGCUUCACGACCUGAACGUGGAUGUCCAGAUGGCGACCCAGGGAGUGGACAAGAUCAACACACAGAUCAAAGCAUCCAUCUAA